AUGUACAUGCGAUCAUCACCAGAAAUUGAUCAGAUUUUAAACAGAAAAACCCGUUCUAAUUUGAACACAUUGUUAAUUAAUGGUAAUAUUUCUACCCUUCUUCGUAGAAUGAAAAAAAAAUACAUCGUUAACAAAACUUGUUCUUUUGACUCUAUUGCUUUCAUACUAUCUAUGGCAUAUUUAGAUCACCCUCAGUAUAAAUCAUUUGUCGAUGUUAGUGAUAAUACGCUUUUACAGUUUUGCAAACAUUUGGCAUUAAAUGGAACAAGCAAAAUAUCAUAUAUGACCCGCUUGAAAAUACUAGGCAUUUUUGACGAACAAGAAAGUAUUAAUAACGUAAGAGUUAUUGAUGCUAGAUGCAACGUAUUAUUUAUUAUCACAAAACUAUUAAAAACAGCUCCAUCGGCAAUUGAACAUAUGAUAUGUUCUAACAAUAUCAAUUGUCCUCAAUCUACUAGAGAUGUACCAAGUCCCACAAUAAUUGUACGAUUAAAAAACAAUAUGCAAGAUUUAAAUAAUGCAUUAAACUUGUAUGUAUUUCCCAAAGAGAUAGAGAAUGUCCAUCAAAUUAAUGUACAGGAACAGUAA